CGUCCUGGUUCCCCAUGAGAACUAUGAUAUCGUACCAGAUGGAGCCCGAUCUUUACCGCCGUCCCAGAUGGCUCUCAUGAAAUUCUUCUCAAUCUAUAUACCCAUAUAUCGGGAUGUUAUCGGUUUAAAGAGUGAACCGAUACGAUACCGUUCAUACCAAAUAGAAAACCAAAAAUAAAACCUGACUGAUGUUAAUAAUCCGACCCGAGACGAUACAUCUAUAACACAUCUAUAACUCCAUUAAAAUCCCCAAAUCCUCAAACCCUAAAAGCAUAAAAUUCUUAAAUCGAUCUUUGCAACCAUGAGUACCGUUUCUGGAGGUUCGAGUGGUUCAUCAAAUGUUCGACAAAGAGGAUUCGUCGUUGGCGUGCCUAAGAGAUGCUGGUGUGGGGAACACAUCGUGGCAAAGAAUUCCAAAUCCGAGCCUAAUCCUUCUCGGAGAUACUUUCGAUGUCGAGAAGCAGCAGCAAAGAAGCUUGUGAACGAUAACCACAUCUUUAAGUGGGUCGAUGAGGCAUUGUUGGACGAGGUAGCAACAUUGGGUGUUCAAUUUGAGAGAGUAAAAGAAGAGAUGAAAGAGCGUACAAUAGAGACAUUGCAAGAACAGAAGCUGAAAUUUGAGAAGAUGCAAAUGGAGUUCGAAAAAGAGCUUUGUGAGAGGGUUGAAGAAGUUUUGUUGGAAGCAAAAGCUGAAUUGCAAUGUAGGAUGAAUAAGAGUAUAAUUGUAUGUGUUUUCGGUUUUAUGAUCUUGUUUGCUCUGUUUAAGCUUGUAUGAUGAGCUAUUGUAAACUAUUGUUCGGUUGUAAUCUAUUGUUGUUCGGUUGUAUGCUCUGCUUUAUGCUCUUGUUUGUUUUGGUGUUGAGUGUGAACUCCUGUUGGUGUUGCUAUUGCAUUUAAUAAGAUAAGACAUUCCACAUUUCAUAAAAGGCAGAACAUGAUGAACACAUGUUCUGAAAACAAGCAGAAUGAUAACGUUUUGAAAUCAUGUUCUCAACAUGAUCACAGACCAAAAACAUAACCCUACUAGUCUAUUCGACCAAAAUACAGAUCCAACUAGUCUCUUAAACCAAAAAACAGACCCCUACUACCAUAAUCUUCAAUAUUCAGGCUUGUGAAAGUCCUCCACCACCUUGAGAUAGUCCUCCACCACC